UUACUUCAUUCAGCAGUGGCCGCGUAGCGCUCUUCCCGCGCAGCCGUGUGCUCCUCCCAAACUAUUUUGAACCCAACUGUACCUCUCGUUCCUAAUCCAACUAAAGCUCUGACUGUACAAAGUGAUUUUUCAAUUGAGUGUCCAGUGGGAAUAGUGCCAUAAGCUCGGAAUUUGGAGGAAAUCGGAAUAUUUUUUUUACCGGUGUUUUUGGUGCAAAUGACGUGAAAGCUCCAGUCCCACAAUGACGGACCUAGGCCUCAAGAUACCCACUCGCAACUUGCUGACAGGGGCCGUGGUGAACUGGGUGGACGAUGACCAGCUCGAGACCGCCACCGACGGGCCCGAGAACCUCACGCUGGCGUGGAAGGACCUCUGCGUCUACAGGAAGAAGAAACACCAGACUAGUAUAUGGAGCUCGCCUACGUAUGAAGAAGUGAAGGUGUUACAUGGAGUGAAUGGGUCCGUGUCAUCCGGCAGCCUCGUCGCGCUAAUGGGUUCAAGUGGAGCCGGCAAGACGACCCUCCUGGCCGCCAUCAGCCGGCGCGACAAGAGCGCCAUGACCGGCUACCUGAUGCUGAACGGACGGCUGGCGGGGGCCGACCUGAUCGCCAGGAUCUCGGGCUUCGUGCCGCAGGAGGACCUGGCCGUGGAGGACUUAACGGUUAAUGAGCAUAUGGAGUUUAUGGCUCGCCUCAUGAUGGACCGGCGCUGCAACAGCGCGGUGCGCACACGCCGAGUGGCCCAGCUAUUGAAUGAGCUGGGCGUCUCCAACUGCACGAGGACCAAGCUCAAGAGCCUGUCGGGGGGCGAGAGGAAGAGGGUCGCGCUGGCUGUUCAGCUGCUGAACGACCCUCCGAUCCUGUUCUGCGACGAGCCGACCACCGGGCUGGACUCCUGGGCGGCCAGCGCCGUGGUGUCGCGGCUGCGGGGGCUGGCCGCUGGCGGGAAGCUGGUCAUCUGCUCCGUGCACCAGCCCGCCUCGGGCGUCUUCGAGCAGUUCCACGAGGUCGUGUUGCUGGCCGCUGGAAGGACCGCCUUCCAUGGAACUAUUGAGCAGGCCGAUGUGUUCUUCGCCUCCCUGAACUACAAGUGCCCUGUAGGCUACAACUUAGCCGAGUACUUCGUGUCGCUACUAGGAGUGCAGAUCGACCAGGAGUUCGAGAGCCGGGAGCGCAUCCGCCGCAUCUGUGACGAGUACCAGCGGUCCGACGUGGCCGCCGAGAUCGAGGCGCGCGUCGGCAACAUCACUGAUGAGAUUGAAUAUUUUAACGGCAAUGGCGAUAGUAAGAAUGAAUAUUUCGAACGCUAUUUAACUCUAGUCAAAGUAAACUUCUUCGUACAAUUCUGGUGGUUGAUGUGGAGGAACAUACAGUCAGUGAAGCACAACAGUACGAUAUGGAUAGCUGAAUUCUUCUUAUUAAUGUUCGUAGGCUUAAUAAUCUCGAUCCCGUACAUCGGGCACUUCGAGCAGCUGGACCAGCGCGACAUCCAGAACGUGGAGGGGCUCCUGUACCUCACCAUCACUGAAGACAUCUUCCUCUUCAUCUAUGCCGUCUUCAUCACGUUCCCGAGCGAGAUGCCCGUUCUGCUCAGAGAGACUGCUAGCGGGCUAUACUCGCCUGGUCCUUAUUACCUCUCGAAGAUGAUAUUUUGGAUCCCGCGCGCGGUCAUCGAGCCGACUCUGUUCGCGUCGCUGAUCUUCGGCGUGGCGGGCCUGCACGGCGGGUUCGCCGGCUGGUUCGGCUUCUGCUUCGUCUGCAUCCUCUGCGCCAACUGGGCUAAUGCUUACGGUUCCUUCCUGUCAGCGGUGUUCGACAAGAUGGAGACGGCGGCGCUGGUCUCUGUCCCCUUCGACCUCAUCGGCACCAUGUUCUCGGGCAUCUACCUGAACCUGGCCAGCAUCCCGCCGGCCUUCUCCUGGCUGCGCUUCGUCUCCGGCUUCUACUACGGCGUCGAGUCCAUCUCCAUCCUCCAAUGGGACUCCAUUGAAAAAAUCGACUGCGUUGACAUCCCUGGCAUGCCCUGUAUCCGAACUGGCCCUGAGGUGUUGAAGAGAUUCGGAUACGAUGAAGAUAACUUCUACAGGAACUGCGGGUGUCUUGUUGUAAUGUACUUUGUGGCGCAUCUGAUUGCGUACUUGAUGGUCAUCAAGAGGAGUAGGGGCACGCCCGUCUAUUGAUGUUGUUGUGACACGAGAGGCGUUCGUGAGAAUUAAAUGAAAGCCAUAUUGUUAGUUAUUUAUCGCGGUCAUCUUCAUUAAAAGCCUUGCAGGUUUCGACAAAUUCACACAUAUUCUUAAAUAUAAAUAGGAACAAUUUAAUUAAUUUUAAGUAACUAUACUUUACUCUUUUUUAAUGUUAAUAUAAAUUGUUUUAUAUUAAAUAACUCUGCCGUUAAGUAUACAGUUCAAAUGUUUAGCUUUUGUACAACAAUAUUUUUUGUAUGAAACAUUAAAUGAAUCUCAGUAA